AUGAACUUUAACGGAAGUCAGCUCGCAGCUCGUUGGUAUACAGACGUCCUCGCUUUUGUCCGAACUGCUGCGGUCAACCAUCUCAACGGUCUCAAGCCCAUGGCCCGCGAGCAUCCCGAGCAGAGAGCCUCGGAAGCUCAAAUGCUCGUCCUGCAUUUCGGCGGCGAGGGCUUGACCGCGCGCCGGUCCGACCCGACCUCUCACCACAACCCGGACCUGCACCCCGAAAUGUCGCUGGCCCCUGGGUGGACGAAUCACAGCCAGCUGAUCCACCCAUCCAUUGGAAGCCAGAUGAUGAGCGUCCUUCGGAGUGGAACACACCUCACCAACUGCCCGAGCCCGGACCGUCUAGGCCACAGGAUUUGCGGUGGCCGCGACGCCGAGGAGAGACUACAUGCAGAGUUGUAA